GAGUUGUGGUGGAGCUGUGGAGCAUGAAGGUCAUGAGAUGCGCUGUUUGCCUAGGAAGCAGCUGGAGGUGGUCAAGCUGCCAUUUGACACGUGUACGGUGAUUCUGAUGGCUGCCACUUCUGUAUCUGGUUUCCUGUCAAAAGACAGAUCUCUCAAGAAUGACAGCCUGGGCUUCACCAUCUCAGUGCCCUGGUGGCAUCUGUUCCUAUAGGAUGAGGACAGACCCUCAUCCUCAAUAGUUGAACUUUCUAGAUGCAAGAGAAAUCAGAGUGGUGUGAAUAUUUACCGCAAGUCACUGAAGUGGACCCCUGUGACAUUGUUGGACAGUUCUACCAUCCAGAUCAGAAAGGGUGUGUGGGAUGACAGACUGGUUAACAGAAAACCCCCGAAGCUGGGGCUGCAGGAUUUAGCUGCUUUUUGUUCCCUUCCUGGCAGCCUAGGACCUGCCUUGUGGGCACACUGGGCACCAUGGACCCCCCAGGGUACAAUUGCUUUGUGGAUAAGGACAAGAUGGAUGCAUCCAUCCAGGACCUGGGGCCAAAGGAGCUGAACUGCACGGAGCUACAGGAGCUGAAGCAACUGGCACGGCAGGGUUACUGGGCUCAGAGCCACACCCUGCGCGGGAAAGUGUACCAGCGCCUGAUCCGGGACAUCCCCUGCCGCACAGUCACACCUGAUGCCAGCGUGUACAGUGACAUUGUGGGGAAGAUUGUGGGCAAGCACAGCAGCAGUAGUCUGCCCUUGCCUGAGUUUGUAGACAACACUCAGGUGCCCACCUACUGCCUGAACACACGGGGUGAAGGGGCUGUGCGCAAGAUCCUCCUGUGUAUUGCCAACCAGUUCCCUGACAUCUCCUUCUGCCCUGCCCUGCCUGCUGUGGUGGCCUUGCUACUGCACUACAGCAUCGAUGAAGCUGAGUGUUUCGAAAAAGCCUGCCGCAUCUUAUCCUGCAAUGACCCCACCAAGAAGCUCAUUGACCAGAGCUUCCUGGCCUUUGAGUCUUCCUGUAUGACAUUUGGGGACCUGGUGAACAAGUACUGCCAGGCAGCCCAUAAACUGAUGGUGGCCGUGUCAGAGGACGUCCUGCAGGUCUACUCUGACUGGCAGCGAUGGCUCUUUGGGGAGCUGCCCCUCAAUUACUUUGCCCGUGUUUUUGAUGUCUUCCUUGUAGAAGGCUACAAAGUAUUGUACCGAGUUGCUCUGGCCAUCCUCAAGUUCUUCCACAAGGUGAGAGCAGGACAGCCCCUUGAGUCAGACAAUGUAAAGCAAGACAUCCGAAUGUUUGUCAAGGACAUUGCCAAGACAGUGUCCCCUGAGAAACUACUAGAGAAGGCCUUUGCCAUCCGCCUAUUUUCCCGAAAGGAGAUCCAGCUCUUGCAAAUGGCCAAUGAGAAAGCACUGAGGCAGAAGGGUAUAACUGUCAAACAGAAGAGGCAGUUUGUGCACUUAGCUGUCCAUGCAGAGAACUUCCACUCAGAGAUUGUCAGCGUGAAGGAGAUGAGAGACAUUUGGUCCUGGAUCCCUGAGCGCUUUGCCCUCUGCCAACCCCUCCUGCUCUUCUCAUCACUGCAGCAUGGGUACAGCCUAAGCAGGUUCUAUUUCCAGUGUGAAGGACAUGAGCCCACCCUCCUGCUCAUCAAGACCACUCAAAAGGAGGUCUGUGGGGCUUACCUGUCAACAGACUGGAGCGAGAGGACUAAAUUCGGAGGCAAGCUGGGCUUCUUUGGGACUGGAGAAUGCUUUGUUUUUAGGCUGCAGCCGGAAGUGCAGCGCUAUGAGUGGGUGGUCAUCAAACACCCAGAGCUGACCAAGGCAACAUCCCUCAAGUCUUCAGAGGCUGCAGGCAGUUCUUCCCUCAUCAGCCACUGCUCUUCAGACCCCGCUGAUCGGCUCUCCCCUUUCCUGGCUGCCCGGCACUUCAACCUGCCCUCCAAGACUGAGUCCAUGUUCAUGGCUGGAGGCAAUGACUGCCUCAUCAUUGGGGGAGGAGGUGGUCAAGCACUCUACGUUGAUGGGGACCUGAAUCGAGGGCGCACUGGACACUGUGACACAUUCAACAACCAGCCCCUCUGCUCUGAGAACUUCCUCAUCGCAGCUGUGGAGGCUUGGGGCUUCCAAGACCCUGACACCGAAUGACGGGCCCGCACUGAUGGUGACAGCCACAUUGUGGGGUGAUGGGACAGAGGCCCGGCUGCCUCUUCAGGGAGCAGGGAGUGAGUGAGACGUCACCCCCAGAAAGUGGAAAGGUUUGCUGUGCAGUGGGGCUGUUAGUCUCUCACGCCAGGCCUGGCCCUGGCUUGGACUUAGGUUAGGAUUCCUGAGCCCUCCUGCUUCUGAGCUCUUGAACCCUCAGCCCUGUCUAGCAUCUCUGUAAGAGACACCCUCUGCCCUCACCCAGGGCCCUGGCUCUGCCAGGUGUCCUGUACCCACAAUUGCCAAGGCUACAUUUCCAUGCCCCUGAGCCUCAGCCCCUUAUAAGAAAAGGGCAAAUGAAUCUUCUUGCCAAAUGUGGGCCCAUGGUGCCCCCCUGCUGGUGCUUUGACCCUGCAGCUCCUCUGAGGUUCCCCUCAGAGGGGUACAUUUGCUGCUGUAGUGUAGGGUAGGAUUGGGAAGGGCAGGGUCUGUGAGUUCUGCAGCUCCCCCUAGUCUAGAGAUGGAAUGAGGGCUGGAGAACUGUCUUUUGUCUUUGUGUUUCUGCAGAGCCUGAAGCUCUUGCUGCGCCUCGCUGCGAGUCCACACCUGAAGGUGGCCUCCGGAGAGACUUUCUUUGACCACCUUGGCCAGUCAGCUCCAUUUCCAGAGUUCUUCUCAGAGCUGACUAGACUCUGAGGCCUUUGCCUCUCAUCCCUGUGGCCUCCUUGAAGUUCUGUAGUCUUGGUGACUCUUGUACUUGGUUCCUCUGUCACAGUGACUGAGGCCCACCAAGCAUGGCAUGCUUGUCCCCAUCCAGCUUUUUGCCUUCUCCCCAGGCCCUGUGCUCCCCUGGACCCGUUCACACAGCAUCUGAUUCACCUGUGUGACCUGAUCCCUCAGCUGGCACUGUGGCCGACCACGUACUGUAUCUUCUGUGUGCUACCCCUGCCCCUAUUAAGGCCUUCAGGUCUCUGGAUGUCUGUGCUUCCUGAGCCCUGUGCCAGCCUGUGCACAUAGGAUGCCAGCCUGUGCACAUAGGAUGCCAGCCUGUGCACAUAGGAUGCCAGCCUGUACACAUAGGAUGCCAGCCUGUGCACAUAGGAUGCCAGCCUGUGCACAUAGGAUGCCAGCCUGUGCACAUAGGAUGCCAGCCUGUGCACAUAGGAUGCCAGCCUGUGCACAUAGGAUGCCAAGGGAGGUGCUGCUUCUGAGGACUCUCGCAAGCUCCUCUUCCCCGUGACCUCCCUCAGCUGGUCCUGAGGGUCUAGGCGCCACAGAGGAAGAGAGAAGAAGCAGUGGCCCAAAUGGCUCUGCUGGGGCCAUGGAAGUCGGGAUCAUAAGGACAGGCGCCUAGCUUCCACAUGACUGUCUGGCGUGCUUGAGAGUCAGCAUGUGUCAGGCCAGUGCUUGUCUCCACGCUGAGAUUCACUUUCGCUGGGGAAGGUCCAUCCUUCCCUGUUCCACCAAUUCACACCAGCUCUCUGCACGGCCACAGUGGCAGAAGAGGCAGGGCAGAAAGGAGCCUCAUGCAUCUAGAACUCUGGAUUCUGCACAGUGGACAAGUUCCCCCACCAUGCUGGCUUCCAGGAUGGGUUCGCGUGACUCUAUAGAGUGAAGAGGAACCACUGUUGCUCACCUCUACAGAAGGUUAUAAGCCUCAAUGCCCACUUCCCCUGAGCCCACUGCCGAGGCCUAGACCUCCAACUCUGGUGUUCAUUUAACACCAUCUUGAUUUUUGUUUCUGGCAAGAUCUUACUAGUUAACCUAACUGGCCUGGAACUCCCUAUGUAGCCCAGGCUAGCCUGGAAAUUGCUAUGUAGCCUAGGUUAGACUCAAAAAUCAUGAUCUCCCUCAGCCUCCUCAUUGCUGGGCUUCUAGGUGUUAGGCCCAGCUGAGCGCUUUGAGUUUGACUGCCUCCGUUCUGAGUCGGGCUCCUGCCAGAAGGCCCCCAGGACGUUCCCAGGCUGAGCUCUUGCCGCUCACCCAUGCAUUACCACUGAGACUCAGAAGCCUUCAGAAGCAAUGACGUUAAUUGGGAGUAUGUGCGGGGCUCUGCAGGGUUCCAGACUGGUGGUGGACCUUGUGUUCUGUGUGGCCCCCACUGGCAGUCCCAGGGGUCUAGCCCAAGGAGACUGAUGGAUGCUGAGUCAUGAUCACAUCACAAGCAAAGUUCUUAGCUUUUCUCCCACAACAUACCCAGCUCUUUAAAUUUAAUGUCCUUUUUUUUUCUGACUUUUCUACCAAAAGGUGUGUAUUGUUUUCUUUAUAUUUUUAUUCUUAUCACUGUUCUUAUCUGAUACUACUAAGUGUUCUCACUUAGUAUUUAUUUUAUUAAUGUUUUCUAUUAUUUAUUAGCUUUUGAUGUUAAAAAAAAACCAAGCCAAAAUGUGAUGGCAUUGUAUAAGAAGUUAUAUUUUAGCAGCAUUCAAACAUUUGUUUUUAAAACAAAUACUUAAUCCAAUUUAAGCCCAUUCGUUAAACUAACCAAGUUUGUUAAUAUAUAGCAUAUGCCGUCGGAGCCUCAGAAGCUCAGUUUAUGAUUUGCUUUGGUUUAGUUUGUGACAAGAGUGUCAGUUUCAUGCAGCUCAGGCUAGCCUUGAACUAACUGUGUAGCUGAAGCUGCCCUUGGAUUCAUCUUCCUGCUUUCAUCCUCUACAUAUUUGCAUUACAGGUGUGUGUGUGUGCCACCAUGCCUGGUGAUAAUCAGCUCAUUUUUAAAGUAAUUUAUGAUACAACACUAGGUGUUGGCAUUUUAAGAAUAUAUAUAUAUGUAUGCAUAUAUGUAUACAUAUGAUAUGUAUAUAUAUAUGUAUGCAUAUAUGUAUACAUAUGAUAUAUAUACAUAUAUACAUAUACAUAUAUAUAUAUAUUGGUUUUUGGUUUUCAAGACAGGGUUUCUCUGUGUAGCUCUGGCUAUCCUGGAACAGAAUCUAUAGACUAGGCUGGCCUCUGACUCACAGAUGCAUCUGCCUCCUGAGUGCUGGGAUUAAAGGUAUGUGCCACCACCGUCCAUCCUAAUUUCUCUAUUAUUAAACUAAAAUUACUAUUUAAUUUUUCCUAUUUUUUAUAAGCUGUCUGCUUUUAUUUUCCAGUUUUUCAGUGCAGUUUGUUUUAGAGCAUUCUGGAUUUCAGAUCUUUAAAUGUCCUUUACCCAUUUUCUGAGUUCGUAGAGGUUUUCUGAUCUCUUUAAAUAUUUUAUAUUUGACAAUUUAGGUUUUGUGCCCCCUCCCUUUGAGAUGCUGAGGAUUGAACCUAAGACCUUAUACAUUCUAGGCAAGUUCUCUACCACUGAGCCAUGCCCUCAGCCCUACAUUUAUAUAUUGAACUGAUUUUCAGUUUACAUCAGAAUUGCUGAGAUGGAAUUUAUAGACUCUCAUCCACUUGUCUACUAUAAACAUCAAAAAACAAUUGGCCUAGUGGCAGACUCUUAAUCCCAUUAUUCAGAAGGUAGAGGUAGGGGGAUCUCAGAGAGUUUGAGGCCAUCCUGUUCUAUGUAACAGGUUCCAGACCAGCCAGGGCUACAUAAUAAGACCUUGUCUUAAAAAUAUAUAUGUAUAUGUGUAUAUACACAUACAUACAUACAUACAUACAUACAUACAUACAUACAUACAUACAUACAUGGGCUGGGGAUAAAGAGAAGGCUCAGUAAUUAGAGCACUGGGCCUUCCAGGGUACCCAAGUUCAGUUUUCAGUAUCUAUAUGAUGGCUUACAACUAUCUAUAACUCAGUUCCUAGGGAUCUAAGCCCUUUCUUGGCUUCUGUAGGCACUGUGCCAAUGUAGAACACAGACACAGUCAAAACACUCAUAAACAUAAAAUAAAAAUGAAGGGAAAGAUAAAACAGACAUUAUUGUGGUGCAGUGCCCCUGACUGUACAGGAAUACAUGCAGUUUUACAGAGACCUGCUCUCUCAUAUCUUCACUAAAUCUAGAAAGUUACAGAUUGUACUAGUUGUUUUGUUUUUAAGUCACUAUUGAGGUUGAAGUUCUGUAGCAACUACCUCAGAGAGGGCUAGCUCCUCCAUAGCUCUAUUCAGGUCUGUGUGACAAAGUUGUUAUGUCAAGCAUGAGUGCCAAACAGGCUUUACACUUCUUUCCCCACAGUAUUUCCAUCAGGCUGGAAAGCAUAUGAAGUGUAAAGGAUAAUUUUGGUAUUAAGAUUCGUAUCUGGGCCUGGUGUGUGUCUAUAAUCCCAGCACAUGGACGGUAGAGGCAGAAAUGUCAAAUCAUCUUUAGCAACAGAACAAGUUCAAGCUAGCUAUGGCUACAAGAGACCUGUCUCAAUAAACAAACAAACAGACAAAUAAAUGGAGUCUUUUAUGACUUCCCUUGUUACAUCAAUCUUUGAUUGUGCUGUAGGUGUUAGAUGCAGUGUCUCAUGGCUACGUUGUUACAGACAAAUGAUACUUGUUUGAAGGCUUGGUCAUUUAUUGAUCUGCAUGGAAAUUGUGAAUACUGUAUGUAGGACUAAGGAAGCAGCCAGUGGACACAUGGAUAGGCUAAUCUGUGACAUGUCAGGAACCAACCACAACAAAAGGAAGGCAUCCAUUGGUGUGCUGCUUGUCUGCUCUGCAGUUGCUGCCUAGCCUAUUUUCCUAUGUGAAGAGACCAGAGCACCUCUGCUGUGCAUUAUACCACCACAUUGGAGAUGCGCUCAGGAGCUUAUAUGCUGAACUCGAUGGCUCAUAAGAGCACUGGCUGAGUGGUGCCUUAGUUCCAGUACUCAAGAGCCAAAGGCUGGUGGGUCUCUGAGUUCAAGGUCAGCCUGGUCUACAGAGUGAGUUCCAGGAUAGCUAGGGCUAAACAGAGAAACCUUGUCUCUGGGAGUAGGGUGGGGGAGCAUUGUCUGCUUGUCUGGAUAAUCCCGGUUUGAUUUCCAACACCUAAAUUGUGGUUCACAACCAUCUGUUACUCCAGUUCCAGGGGAUCUGACACCCUGUUCUGGGCUAUUUGAACACUGCAUGCAAGUGGUGUACAGACGUACAUGCAGGCAAAACACAAUAAACAUAAAAUUGAAAUAUAGGUUUAAGCCGGGCAUGGUGGCACACGCCUUUAGUCCCAGCACUCGGGAGGCAGAGGCGGCAGGCGGAUUUCUGAGUUCGAGGCCAGCCUGGUCUACAAAGUGAGUUCCAGGACAGCCAGGGCUAUACAGAGAAACCCUGUCUCAAAACAACAACAACAACAAACAAAGAAGAAAGAUUUAAAAAAAGUUUGUAAGCUGAAGGCCUAAGGAGAAGUUCCAAAGCAUAAUUUUGCCUUUUAAACCUUGUAGUUAUGGAUUUUGACAAAUGGCCACCAAUUAGAGGAGUCACACUGCACUGUCAUCUCAGCGCUCAGGAGACUGAGGCAGGAAGAUUGCAAGCAUGGGGCUGGUCUGACCUAACAGGGAGUUUUAGGCUGGCCUAGCUUACAUAAAGACCUUAUCUUUUAAAAAAGAAAUAGGGGGCUGGAGAGAUGGCUCAGUGGUUAAGAGCACUGACUCCUCUUCCAGAGGUCCUGAGUUCAAUUCCCAGCAACCACAUGGUGGCUCACAACCAUCUGUAAUGAGACCUGACGCCCUCUUCUGGUGUGUCUGAAGACAGUACAGUGUACUACACUGUAUACUAAAUAAAUAAAUCUUUAAAAAAAAAAAGAAACAGAAAACAAUGUGGUCCCCAGCUGACCAUCGGAGUGUCUGGAUGAGUAGCCAGCAUACUCGUGCUUACAAAGCAAAAGUGUGGACUUGCAGCAAUAUACAACUUUGUGAUGUGAAAAUAAGUGAUUUGGUUAGUGUUAGUAUGUUUCCUAAAUAAAGUUAGUAUCUGUUGAAGAGGUA